UUGUGAGGUUAUGGUUAUACAAUAAAACUGUGGUUAACUACUAAACAAGUACUAAACAAUAACUUUAUUGUUGUUAAAACAAGAAUUUGAAGAAAUCUUGCAGAUAUUUUUUUAAGUAAAGGUCUAAAAUGAGUUUAGACUCCAUACCAAGAGACCUGAGAGGUCUAAGAGCUUGUUUAGUGUGCUCUCUUAUAAAAAGUUUUGAUCAAUUCGAAAAGGAGGGAUGCGACAAUUGUGAAGAAUUCUUGAGAAUGAAAAACAGCCACGAUAACGUUUAUGAUUGUACUAGCAAUAAUUUUGAUGGAAUGAUCUCUGUGAUGUGUCCCGAUGAUAGUUGGGUGGCUAAAUGGCAAAGAAUUAGUCGCUUAAGCAGAGGUGUGUAUGCCAUUUCUGUAUCUGGUACCUUACCCAAGAGUAUAAUAAAGGAUUUGAAAAGCAGGGGCAUUACAUAUAAGAGUAGAGAUACAAGUCAAAGAUAAGGAACAUAAAUACUUUAGAGUAAUAUAAUUUAGAAUAUAAUGUAAACUUAACUUAAUUAGUUAUUUAUUAUAUCUAUAACUGGAUGGUGUCAUGCAAAAAAAAUCAACCCACACCCCACACAAGUCUGAUUUUGAGAUAAAAAGCUUCAAAGUCUAUAAUGUGUUGCAAAUCACAUGUUUAAACAAAAGUAAAAGCCUUAAUAAUAAAUACCAUAUUUUGUAACUUAAAAAUAUAUAUAAAUAAAAUGAACAUUUUAUCUUUUUUGCUAUUAGAACUAUGGCACUUCUAGUUGUAAAGAUUCAUCAACUUACAACUACGAAACGAAACUUACAACAACAAUGAAAAAUCAACAACUAUAUAUGAGUACUUAUCCUUUUAUACAGGGAUGUGCCAAAAUAUAUAGUGAGAACCUAAAUUUAAAGUCUUGAGGUUACAUUUGCAUAUUUUAUCAUAUUCUAAGCAAAGUAAUGUCACCUUUAUAUUAAUUUACACUUAAAAUUUUCGUCACUGUUUCUUUAUGGUAAUACAUAAGUAUCAGGUCCUUCAAGUAGGUCCUACAUAGCUCUCAGAUAGAGAAAUUCGUUUAAAAUUUAUCUUGGUUUAAGAAAUAUUAAGUAACUUUUAAAAUGAAGUAAAACACCCCCUGGUGUAGUUGGUAUAAAAUUUAAUUAAGAAUUAAAAUUUUAAAAAUCCAAAAGGAUUACAUUCAUUCUUCAGAACGAACGUUUUCGGAAUUAUCAGUCCAUCAUCAGUGAACUCAGUGUCCUUGCAAAAUAGCCACAAUGCCAAACACUGGUUGGAUUAAAUGUUUAAUCUACAUUAUAAAUACAAGAAAAUGAUGCGACUUAAAGUCGAUGGCAAUGAAUUGCCUCCAGAAAAGGUGAGUACUUUACUUUUACAUAGUUUUUACAUCUGCUUUGGACCACUCUUACUUUUACACAGUUUUUACAUCUGUUAUGGACCACAGCAGACUAGCGUGGCCCAAAGCAGAUGUAAAAACUAUUUAAAGUAGAGUACUCGCAUGUUUCUCGAGGAAAUCCAUUGUCAUUGACUUUAAGUCGCAUUAUUUUCUAUAAUGUAGAUUGAACAUUUAAUCGAAUCAAUGUUUGGAAUUGUGGCUAUUUUGCAAGGACAUUGAAGUUCACUGAUGAUGGACUUAGAAGUCCGAAAACGUUUGUUCUAAACAAUGAAUGUACUUUUGGAUUUUUAAAAUUUUAAUUUUUAAUUAAAUUUUAUACAAACUACGCGUAUCUGUUUUGAGAUCCAGGGCGCAUCUGUUUUGAGAUGGACGUUGAGAGGUGACUCAAGUUUUUUUGCAGAAAUUGCUUGAAAAUAGCUCAAAUAAUAAUAUUUGAGUUAUCCUCCCACUCAAAAUGGUCCGGAACAUUGUUUAAAUAAUCAAAAUGUCAAAAUAUGAACGAAAAAUUCGAUUUUUUUAUUGGUUUUUUGAUUAUAACUUUAAAACUAUUCAUUUCUGAGAAAAGUAGUACUAACAUAAAAGUGGCGUAAUUAAAUUUCCUACAAUACAAAAUUGGUUAAAAAAUUAAAAAAUAGUCACCCUUGUUGCAAAAUAGCAAUAAUUGCGAAAAACACCAUACAAAAACAACUAUUCGCAUUUUACGGUUUUCAACCAUUUACGCUACACUUAGGACCUUCAUAUUUUACCCAGAAAAACUUUGAUAUAGUAAAACAACACCGUAAAUUUCAUUAAGAUCGGUUUAAUAGAUUUUGCAAAAUAAAUUUUGCAAUCCAGCUUUCGCAAAAGAAAUUCAUUUUUUUUUAAUGUUGCAGGACUGAAAAUAAAGCAGGUAGCAAGUUGAAUUUUUUUUUGCUUGUAGAAGUGUACUGUAUCUUUCAUUUGCAAUUUGCAAAAUUAAAAUCGAUUAAUUACCACGGCGUCAGGAAAUUUUUUAAAUAAACAGUAAUUUUUGGUGCUACGCGCAGGACAGCGGUGUUCGAUUCACACAAGUUGAUUUCCAUCAAAAUUUCUUCCAAUCUUUAUCUAAUAUAUUAUUUUCUUACUCUUUAUUUUGUUGUAUUUUAAUAUUUUAAUUCCACAAAAAUCAAACUAAUUUUAUUAUUGUUUGUGAAAUAUUGUUUAAACAAUUGCAUAUGUUUAAAAAUAAUAAACUUUUAUUCUCUCAAGUUAAAAUAUAUGAACAAAGAAAGUUUUUGCUAAAAAAAGUGUUAUUUCAAAAGUAAUAAACAAAUUUAUUUAUUUAUUUAUAUCGAAAUGUAAUAAAAAUUAAAAUGCAUUAUCAAAGGUCAUUGGAAUGCCCAAUCAGAGCAAACUGUCCGCUGUCCUGCACGUAGCACCAAUAAUUAAUGUUUAUUUAAAAAAAUAAAAAGAUUUUAAUUUUGCAAAUUGCAAAUGAAAGGUACAUUACACUUCUAUACGCAAAAAAAUUCAACUUGCUAUCUGCUUUAUUUUCAAUACUGUAACAUUUUGAAAAAAUGAAUUUUUUUGCGAAAGCUGGAUUGCAAAAUCUAUUAAACCGAUUUUAAUAAAAUUUACAGUGCUGUUUUACUGUAUCAUAAAGUUUUUUUGGGUGAAAUAUGAAGGUCCUAAGCGUAGCAUAAAUGGUUGAAAAACGUAAAAUGCGAAUACUUGUUUUUGUAUGGUUUUUUUGGCAAUUAUUGCUAUUUUGCAACAAGGGUGACUAUUUCUUAAAUUUUUAACCAAUUCUAUAUUGUAGGAAAUUUAAUUACGCAACUUUUAUGUCAAUACAACUUUUCUCGGAAAUGAAUACUUUUAAAGUUAUAAUCAAAAAACGAAGAAAAAAAUCGAAUUUUUCCUUCAUUUUUUGAAAUUUUGAUUAUUUAAACAAUGUUCCGGACCUUUUUGAGAAUGAGGAUAACUCAAAUAUUAUUAUUUGAGUUAUUUUCAAGCAAUUUCUGUAAGAAAAUUUUAGUCACCUCUCAACGUCCAAAUGUACUAAUAUUUUUACAGAUGCGCCCUGGUCUAUAGUGAGUUUUUUACUUCACGUUAAAAGUUACUUAACUAGAUGGUAUACAGCCCACUUUUGGGAACUAUCUCGUUUUAUUGAAAUAUUAAAUAAUUAAAAUUAAAAUAUGGCUUUUGAAGCAUAAAAAAGUUUAUGAACGCCAAUGUGGGUUGAUACAGGAUGUUGAGUGUUUAUUGCCUAAUGAACUCAAAAUAGCUUUGAAUAUUCGAUUGUGUGUUAAAAUUUUAACUGUUAAGGUACUAGUACACUUUAGAAGACCAAAAAUAAGCAUUUUUUCAAUAUGUUUUUCCUCAGAACCUUUAUUAAAAAUGAACAUAAAACUUUUUACACAUUAAUGUCUAACUCUUGGAAAAUACAAAAAAUAUCUUUUUUUCAUUUAUCCACGUACACUAAUAUUGUAGAGGGCGCCAAAGUCGAGGCUUAAAAAAAAGUAGUUCCGAUGGUUAAUCUCAGGAAUGGGAUCUCUGAAACAAAAAAAUCGUACGGCAUUUGAAAAAGGAAGGUUUCUUACGUGACAAUUUACCACCGUUAAUGAAAAUUUCCGAAAAAAAAGGUUUUCCGGAAAUUUGAAAAAAAAUUGUAAAAAAAUCGCCCGUUCUUCUUCAUUUUUUCAUGGUUAAAAAAUUUUUAUUUUUUAUUUUUUGGUCAAAUUGUGGUAAAUUGUCACGUAAGAAACCUUCCUUUUUCAAAUGCAGUACGAUUUUUUUUGUUUCAGAUAUCCCAAUCCUGAGAUUAACUGUCCGCCAUCAUUUUUCGAGGCCUAGACUUUUGCGCCCUCUACAAUAUUAGUGUACAUGCAUAAAUGAAAAAAGAUAUAUUUUUUGUACUCUCUAAGAGUAUAGAUAUUAAUAUGUAUAAAAAAAUAUGAAAAAAAAUUUUUUAAGAAACGUUUUUCUUUAGUUACGAGUGACUAAAAUUAAAAAUAUAAAAAAAUCAACCAAAAAGCAAAAAAUAAAAAAAAUUGAAAAAAUCAUUGAAAACACAUUCGUCAAAGAAAAUCGUGGUGCGUCUUCAUCGAAUAAACGGUUUUCGCCCCACGCUUUUCUUUAACGAAUGUGUUUUCAAUGAUUUUUAAAUUUUUUUAUUUUUUGCUUUUUGGUUGAUUUUUUAUAAUAUUUUUAAUUUUAGUCACUCGUAACUAAAGAAAAGCGUUUCUUAAAAAUUUUUUUUUCAUAUUUUCUUAUUUUUUACUUUUUACUCUUACCCUUUUCAAACAUUAAAAUAUAUCGUCAUGUUUAUUAAAAUAUGUAUAAAAUAUAUGAUGUGCUAACAUGAAAAGUGGUCGGAAUCGGCAAAAAAUUUGAAACUUUAUUGUUUAUUUAUGAAGCAUAACGUAAACAAUUAAUGUAAAAAGUGAAAUUAUGUAUAGUACAUAUCACUAGCUACAAUCCGUAAAAGUUUCAAGUUUUUACAUUGCAAAAAACAAGAGAAUCUAAGCAUUUUCCAUUAAAAUCGUUUUUUUUUUAUUUAAACAAUUAAUAAACAUAGAGAGAGAUUUACUUUAUUGAUACAAUGUACCAAAAGGCCAUCGACCGAAGUCUUUCAGCCACUAAUAAACAUAAAAAAAAUUGUUUUAUUGACUAUUCGUGUAUUGUUCCCGCGAAUGCCUAUGUCUGCAAAUUUUCAUUCAUUUGCAUUGGGGAAAAGCAGUCAAAUUAACGUCCAAAGAUUUGACGCAAACUAUUGAACUAAAUAAAAGCGUUUAAAAAAGUUUUAUUGAAAAAAAAAAAGAUUAUUUUUGGUCUUCUAAAGUGUACUAGUACCUUAUCAUUUUUGCAUAAUUUAAAUAACAAUAUACUCUUCCAUAUGAUUAGGAUAACUCAAUUUUUAAUGUUUUGAGUAAUUACUUUUUGUCGAGGAUAUACGAUCAAAGUUCGAGCCCCGGCCGGUGAAUAAAAACAUAAAAAGGCUAACAUCGUAGUCUAAAAUUCUAAAGAAUCAAUGGCUUGGUCUGGAAUAAGCUGGUGUCUGAUCGGCCUAUGGGGGAGUGGUACGGCAAGGAAUAAGGGCUUAUGGCUCGGUUGUACUCCUCCAUAGAUUUCUAUGUAACUACUUUUUGCAUAACACCAUCCAACUGAUGUAGGUAGUUUUAUUUUUAAGACUUGUGAUCAUUUUCAUUUCAUAAAAAUGGUGUACAUUAUUGUAAUAUAUCCAUUAUACCAUU